AUGGAAUACGAAAAAACAAUUGAAGCGCUUUUCCAUUCGAAGCUUCUUAUAGUAGAAAUCAAGCUAAGCUCAUCCCAGCUAAAUAUAUCAGUCCAAGAAAAACUAUCUGAAAAAUCUUGAAUAGGUGAAUUCUCCCCUUCCUUUAUAGAAGAGCUUACACUAAAAACAGGGAACUUCAAAAAGUUUAGCAUUUUUACUAAAAUGCUUAUUUCAGGCUUAGAAGGCACAAGUAGUGCAGUAGUAGUUGACAUUUUAAAUCACGAAGACCUAGAUCAGCUGAGAAACACUUCUUCUUACCACUCAUCAUCAAAACUGUAUUUUAUCAUCACAUAUGUUGGAGAGUUCGAUAAAGUUCAUUAUCCUCUACCUUUAAAUACUCAGACUGUUUUAGACUCAAGCUCUCUACAAAAAACAAUUAGUAGGUUAAAGAAAGAGGUUGACAUUUUGAAAACAUCAAUGGAACCACAUCAAAUGGAAAUUUCGAAGACUCUUAAAGAAAACAGCUUUUUAAAAGCACAAAUAGAAGAAUUGAGAGCUGAAUUAGAAAUUUUAGGAAACGAAAAUAAGGAAAAAGGAGAAAUUAUAAGAGAGUUAGAAAAAGCUAAGGCAGAGAGUUUAAAAGAAAACAAAACCUUGCAAAAGGAAAAUGAUGGGAUGGUGCACGAGCUUGAUAAGAUUAGAGGACAUAUGGAUAUGAUCAUCGAGCAGCUUGAAGAGGCUGAGAGAGAAAAAAAUAAAUGGGGAAGCACAAAGUCGUUGCUACAAGAAAUUGAGGAGCAGAAAAAACUAAUUGAAAGACUUAACGAGGAAAUAGAAAUGAACAGAAGCGAAAUAAAAGAGCUUAAAUUAGUCUCAAAAAAGGAUAAAUCACGAAUUCUUCAGCUUGAGUCAGAGUUAAGAGCUUUAUUUGAUAGGUAUAGAUGUGAGCCUCCUCCAAAGCCUAUGAAAAGAUCAACUUCAGUUAAGCCAGAAUCAAUGAGAAAAAGUGCUGACUCUUUUUCAAAGCUAAGAACCUCCGAAGACUCAAGAAAAUCCUUCCAAUCCUCCAUUUCCCCCAACAAGUCUGAAAAGCAUAUCCAUAACACCUCCUAUGAUUCUGAUGAAAUCCAAAGGCGACUGACCAAAAUCCAAAAUAUGAUGAAAAUCGUUAAGGAGUAA